AUGUUUGAGGGCCAUAGCAAGAGAUUCAGCACUAUACACUUCUCACAGGACUCUACACGGCUGGCGUUGGCGUCGCACGACAACAUAGCCAAGAUCUGGGAUCCAAGCAUCGGAGUGUACCUGUGGACGCUCAAUACUGGCAAGUUUGUAAUAGAGAUGUCUUUAAACUCCACUGGUUCGUAUCUCGAUAUUGAAACCGGGUCAUUUGCUAGAGGCUCAGCGUCGUGA